UUACACCUCUGCACCAUUUCCUUUCUCAUCACUUUUUCUGUUGUUGGCGUCUUGAUCUGAUUUGUCGUCGUUCCCCUCUUGCCUGGCCGUCUGCUUCCUGCACAUUGUUACUGUGAUGGAUAUCAGGACUGUUGUGACCAUCUCUGCUCUUUUACUCACAACUGCUGAGUCAGUCGCAGCAACAUCUUGGAACAACAGCACAGCCAUCAACUGUUCCUGCCCCACUGCCACUUCAACAAUCACUGCUGCCCCGACCUCCAGCCCCACCAGCCCUCCACCUGCCCUGGGCCUCUUCAGUAUCACAUGGAUAAGAUGCACAGGAAACAUUUCUCUGAUCUUCUAUAAUGCCUCCAACAUCCCCUUCUCCAGCUCACCCGUCUGUUUCAGCAAUCUUAAUGAAGUCCGUAGUCUUUUGGAAAAUGUGUGUGUGAACAAGAAAGGCUGCAAAGACACAGUGUCCUUGAAAGAAGGCACACAACAGAAUGGUUAUAACAUGAUAGAGGGAAGAGCAGAGGAGGGCAACUGUUUGACACUGCAGGUUCAAUGCGAAGAUGAGGGCCAUGUAGAUGUACCAGGGCCGCUGCAUGCCUACAAAGUGGUGACAGCUUUGCUCUGCUGCGUGCUGCUGGUCCUGUUACUGAUCCGCUUCACCAGACCCACCGUCAAAGCCCUGCAGAAGAGAUUAUCAGACCGGAGGCAGAAUCGCUGGAUUGGACCUACACAGAGUCACAGUGUAUCUUACCAUCGAGGGAAAGCUGCAUUUAAACACAAUGACGGAGAAAAGAGACAGUCCUACCCUGCUCUGGAGCGACUGGCAGUCAGUGACAGCAGAGAGCCUUCAUCCACCAGGAACAGUGGCUACAACUUCUGAAAUGCUUCUUCUUCUAUCAUCAUCAUCAUCAUCAUAAACAACAACAUCAUCUUCUUUAGAUUGUAUCUUUGUGCAGGAAUAUCACCCUUAUUUGUCAAGGAAUUACUUAUCAAGACAUUAUUCAUGUGAUAAUUCAUCUCUUCAUAUGCCUUUACAUCUUCUAAAAAGUCUGUUAAUAUAAGUCACUGUUUACAAUCAUCAUUGUAUAUUAUGUAUGUAUCAUAUCUAAACUCAAUUUAGAAGCUGUUUUUUUAAAUGAAACUAGAAAAUGAAGGGCAAGUUUUGAAGUUAUAUUAAGAAGUUUUAAUGGAACCUUACAAUAUUUUGGGAAACACCCUAGGUAGCCAUCAUCGUACAUUGUGCUCAUACAUUUUGGUUUUAGCAGUUAGCAUCAGAGCUACUUCUUCUAGAAACUGUUGGGCCCAGUGACUGCAUGGUGUUGCCAGUUUUGAGCUGCAUUCAGAUGACUCUUGGUUAUAUCUGUAACUAGAUUGUUUUUACAAAAGCUCCAACAUAUAACUCAGACAGCUUUGGAGCUGUUAGAAGGUGUAUUUUUCACUUUUAACUAGGCUAGCAAUUUCCCUCCACAGUCUUAGCUAAGCUAGGCUAAACACUUCAGGACCAAUCUCUCUACUGGACAAACAGGGAUAGAACUGAGAAACUCACAAGAGUGGUUUCCAAAACAUUGGAAUGAUCCAACUAUCACUGUAACUAUUAGUCAGAAAAAUAUUCAUUAAAAACCUUCUGAAAAUA